UAGCGAGGCCAUCACUGUCCGGGAGGUGAGUCAGCCCUGCGCCCCGCGAUUCCUCCGCGCCUUUUCGGCCUCACUGCGGGACUGGUCGCUACCUAGCCGGCUGUCUUAGGAUGGAGGAGUCGCGGCCGCCGGCGGAGGCUGAAAGGCGGAGGGCGGAAGCUCUCCUGGCCGGCUUAUCAUGCAGCGCUGCUACUUCCAUCGGAAACACUGAAUCACCCCGCGCUAGUGCUUGGGGAUGUCCUCUGCCCCUGCAGUUUAUCCCGGAAACAGAGUUUAUCGUGCUAUCCCAGUGCAUCCUUUUCUUCACCACUCCUGAAUUCGGAAAGGGGAAGAAGAAGGGAUUUCUUGGCUUUUCAUAGCCCCAGCUACAAGAAAAAGGGACUCCUGGUUGUUAGAACUUUCCAUUCACUCAUUCGGUCCUUGGAACAGCCUGAUGAGUUCUGCCUUCUCAGGAUUCAGACCUUCACCAGAAGGAACAGGAGAAAAUGACCAAGUUUCAGGAGCCAUUGACUUUCAAGGACGUGGCUGUGGUCUUCACGGAGGAGGAGCUGGGGCUGCUGGACUGCGCCCAGAGGAAGCUGUACCAAGACGUGAUGCUGGAGAACUUCAGGAACCUGCUGUCAGUGGGACAUCUUCCGUUCAAACCAGAUAUGGUAUCUCAGCUGGAGGUAGAAGAAAAGCUUUGGAUGAUGGAAAGAGAAACCCAAAGAAAUGAGAAUUCCAGUGGGAGCCACAUGGCUGUUCUUUCAGGCAGCAAGAAUCAAAAUAAGGUGGAGACUCUUCAAAAAGUUGCUUUAAAAUACCUUUUACAUGAAGAGCUGCCCUGCUGGCAAAUCUGGAAACAGGUUACAAGUGAUUUAACCAGGUGUCUUCAGAGGAAGAGUUCCCAGUCACUGCAAGGUGAUUCUGGUCAGGUUUCUGCAAAUGGGAACGAUCUGGUGAAUCAUAAAGGAGAUAGCUCCUAUUACCUUGAAAAUCAAGAGUUCUCAAUUUUGAGAACCCAGGAUUCUUACGGGAAUACAUAUCUGAGUGAGUCACAGAAUCAGAGUAGAGGUAAGCAAAUUCAUGUGAAAAAUAACCUGCAUGUAUGUGAAGCCUUCAUGAAGAAACCACUACUUAGUGAUCAUAUUAAAACUGACACAGAACAGAAACCCUACAAAUCUAAUGAAUGUGGCAGAAGCGUGAGUGAUGGCUUCAGUCAGCAUUUACCCUUCGGAGAGAAACUCCAUCCAUGUAAUGAGUGUGGAAAGGGCGUCAGUGACAGCUCAGUGCUUUUAUGUCAUCAGAAUGUUCCCACAGGAGAGAAAUGCUCCAGUCAGAACUCACAUCUGCAGACUCGUCAGAGGACUCACUCAGGAGAGAAACUCACUAAAUGUCAUGAAUCUGGUGAUUGCUUCAAUAAGAGCUCUUUUCAUUCUCCUCAUUCUAAUCAUGCAGGAGAAAAGUCCUAUAGAUGCGACAGUUGUGGCAAGGGGUUCAGUAGCAGCACAGGUCUUACCAUUCAUUACAGAACUCACACUGGAGAGAAACCUUAUAAAUGUGAGGAGUGUGGUAAAUGCUUUAGUCAAAGUUCAAAUUUCCAAUGCCAUCAGAGAGUCCACACUGAAGAAAAACCAUACAAAUGUGAAGAGUGUGGGAAGGGCUUCGGUUGGAGUGUUAAUCUUCGUGUCCAUCAGAGGGUCCACAGGGGUGAGAAACCCUACAGAUGUGAGGAGUGUGGGAAAGGCUUCACUCAGGCCGCCCAUUAUCACAUACAUCAGAGGGUCCACACUGGGGAGAAACCUUACAAGUGUGAUGUCUGUGGUAAGGGCUUCAGUCACAAUUCACCAUUAAUCUGCCAUCGGAGAGUUCACACUGGAGAGAAACCGUACAAAUGUGAGGCGUGUGGGAAAGGCUUUACCCGUAAUACAGACCUUCACAUCCAUUUCCGAGUCCACACCGGAGAGAAACCCUACAAAUGUAAGGAGUGUGGGAAGGGCUUCAGUCAGGCUUCAAAUCUUCAAGUCCAUCAGAACGUCCACACUGGGGAGAAACGAUUCAAAUGUGAAACGUGUGGGAAGGGCUUCAGUCAGUCAUCAAAGCUUCAAACCCAUCAGAGAGUCCACACUGGAGAGAAACCGUACAGAUGUGAUGUGUGUGGUAAGGACUUCAGUUAUAGUUCAAAUCUUAAACUGCACCGAGUAAUUCACACUGGAGAAAAACCAUACAAAUGUGAAGAGUGUGGGAAGGGUUUUAGUUGGAGAUCAAAUCUUCACGCUCAUCAGAGAGUCCACUCAGGAGAGAAACCCUAUAAAUGUGAGGAGUGUGAUAAGAGCUUCAGUCAGGCCAUCGAUUUUCGUGUACACCAGAGAGUCCACACUGGAGAGAAACCAUACAGAUGUGGUGUAUGUGGGAAGGGCUUCAGUCAGUCCUCUGGUCUUCAAUCCCAUCAGAGAGUCCAUACUGGGGAGAAGCCAUACAAAUGUGAUGUCUGUGGGAAGGGCUUCAGGUACAGUUCACAGUUUAUAUACCAUCAGAGAGGCCACACUGGAGAAAAACCUUACAAAUGUGAGGAGUGUGGGAAAGGCUUUGGGAGGAGCUUGAAUCUUCGCCAUCAUCAGAGGGUUCACACAGGAGAGAAACCCCAUAAAUGUGAGGAGUGUGGGAAGGCCUUCAGUCUCCCCUCAAACCUUAGAGUCCAUCUGAAUGUUCACACUAGGGAGAAAUUAUUUAAAUGUGAGGAUUGUGGUAAGGGCUUCAGUCAUAGUUCACGUCUUCAGGCCCAUCAGAGAGUCCACACUGGAGAAAAACCAUACAAAUGUAACAUAUGUGGUAAGGACUUCAGUCACCGUUCACGUCUUACAUACCAUCAGAAAGUCCACACUGGCAAGAAUCUUUAAAAAUGACAAAUGUGCUAAUGGCUUCAGUCAGGACGUAUAUCUACAACGUUCUGGGGCAUCCAUGCUGGUGAGAAACACUGUAAAGGAUUGAGAGCGGAAAGGAUUUCUUCAGUUGGAAUUUUUCUAACAAAUCCAUUAAAAUGAUGACAUAGAACCAGAGUGACAGGAAUAGGACUCAGAUUCAGGAGAGAAAUAGGUUGUAACCCUCUUGGUAAGAUCCAGUUGGUAAAAAUGGUCUUUCAAAGUGAAUACAUGUCUAAAGAUAAUUGUAAAAAGGAUAUUUGCCAUAUCCUAGCUAGUUUUGGGGGGUGGGGUCAAGGAAGGUUUUGGAUUAUUUUUCCUUUAACAUCCAUCUUAUACAUAUUUACAGUGGCCCUUAUUUUUACUAAAGCUAUGAAAAGUGAAUAAAAUAACUGACUAAAGAUUUCCUGUA